UGUUACGAUUUUAUGUUGUGUUUUCGCCUGCAAUUUGUAUUUUUAUUAUUUACCAUAAACGUUUUUUAUCAUUGCAUUACGAGUGAGACAAAUAAGCCAUGGAAUCAAAAAUCAUUUCAGGGAAAAUGUCUCCAAGGAUUUUUAAAGAGACAACUUUACAGAUUAAAUAUUCGAAGGAGUCUUUUAAAAAUAAACAAACUACGAAAAAGACUUUGUCGAGGUUAUCAUCUUUGGGGAAAACUUUCACGGAAAGUACUCAGCAGGGGAUGGCCUCGAAAAAGUCUUUUAUUUUAAAAACUCCUACGCUUAAAAUACGUUCUGAAAAGUCCAUGCACGGAAAUGGUUCUCAUAAAGUGCAUUUGGUUCAAGAAAAACUCGCAAAAAACUCUAAACGAAUGGAAAGAACAAUAUCGGACGAAGAAGCCUCAAAAAGUUCCUUAAGAAAAAAUCCAGCUAUUGAAGCGGAUAUUUCACAACAAAAGUCCUCAAGAAAAGACAAAUCGGAUGACACUAUUUUGAAAGAGGUUUCAAUAUCAUCAAAGGAUUCAAUGCAACUAAGGUUGAAAUUAAACAAAUCAAAGAAUAAAAGUCGUUCAAAAAACAAAAGUUUAGAUAAACUUAAAUCACCUGCAUCAUUGCUGAUGUCGAGAACGUCAGAAUAUUCAAUAAACUCGAGAACUAGAGAAAAUCAAUUGAAAAUAAUUUGUUCGGGAUCUCCAGCAUCUUUGACAUCAAGUAGAUCUAAAACAUCAACUAAUCCCGGCUCAAUAACAAGUCUUCAUAAUAAAUGGAAAAGUGCAAAAUCUCUGGAUCAAGUUUCAAAUAUAUCCAUGAAUGAUCAGUUAAUAGCUAUACGAAAAUCCAAGAAAACUAUGUCGAAGUCAAAAAACAGCCUAGAACAACAACAAAAUUUCUUGGAAAGAUGUCUUCAAGAUUCCACUGAGAGCCUAAAUGCAUUUGAAAACCAAGAGGAAGAUAUUGUCAAGGAAGUUGAAGACGAACAGACCAAACGAUUUACCUUUCUUGAAGCGAUAAUGGAUUUACCAGAUAUUAACGAUUUAUCGGAGACCAUGAGCGAAGAUUUGAUACCUUUUAAAGAAGAAGACAUUGACAAACCGCAGCAAUCCUAUGUAGCAGCUAUAUAUAAUGCAGCCUCAGUUGGCUCUGAUACUCGAGAUGUAACUUCAGAGGUUUUGGAUACAGAAGGCUUUGAAUAUGACACUUUUAUUCGCCGAAAUUCUAGCGAUACUGAAAGUAGUAUAAUUACGCUCGCCAGUCUCAUUGAGAGCGAGGAUGAUAGUGACGACAUUCUCGAGCAGAAAUAUGCAAAACCAUUGGAGGUUACGAUCCUAGAUAUAACUAAUAGCAUGAAAGCACUUAAGCCAAGAAGCUCUGAUUUACUUAUUCAAGAAAUUGAAGAUGAAAUUGAGGUUCCAGUAGUCCAUGAAGUAGUUGUAGACAUUUGCCAUCAAUUUUUGAAUCACAUUAUCAAUGACACUGUGGCUUAUAGCGAAGACUAUAACAAUAAGUUGCGUCGCUUACUAGAUAAACAUAAGCUAAUGACCAAACUUUCUAGUUUAAUUGGCAAUUACCGGGAAGAGAAAUACACAAACACCAGACUCGAAAAACUCGUAUCCGAUUACCUUCUAAGAAAACAACGAUUUUCCUCUCUUUCACAUCGCAAGGAAAGGGACUCUUUCUAUGAGACACGCUUGACGGAUGCCCUUCAAGAGCUGGAUAGGAAUUUGAUAGCCAAAAAAGAGAUUAUUGAAAAGCGUCAGACCAAAACGACUAUCCUGCGAGAGCAGGUUGAAGAAGCAAGAAUCCAUAGUGAACAGAGGCUGUAUGAUUUUGAAACACUUGUAAAGAAAACUCUUUGUAACCGAGAUGGUAACGAUCAUCUAAAGCAAACGGUUCACUAUCUUCUGAAGCAAAUGGAACGAUUUCGCAAUGAAAUGUACGAAAUUCGAUUUACAUUAUGUGUGGCCCAACAUCAGUUUGCCGACAUGGAAUCGCAAUCCCUGAAAAUGGAAGAUCUUGGGAAUGGCCUCAAUAUAAACGAGUAUCUAUCAACUCAAGCGGAGACAGAAACAUUGGCUAGCAAAAUAGCAGAAAAAAAUGGUGAUCUAAAACGUCUUGGAGAAAAGGUAAAUUUCGAUAUGCAUGCCAUGGCACAUUGGAAAUGCAAAGAGCAAAUUUUUCAAUCGAAUUUAUUUUUUAUGAAGCAAAAUUUGAGAUCACGAGAAUUAGCAAAGCAAUCUAAUCGAGAACUCAUUUACCAGGGCAAGUUAAAGCAUAACAAAAUAAUGAAAGAAAUCAAUGAAUUGAAGUCAAGUGGUUGGCUUGCCCAUUAUCCUGCCCUAAAGCAUGACUAUGAUAAGACGCAAAACUGCGUGAAAAAGAAGAAGGAAUCGAUAGAGAAAUUGAGAGAGGAGCUUGACAGAUUGGAACAUCGCUUAAAACAAAUUGAGAAAAGUAGAGCUUGCUAAAUAAAAAUACAAUGCUGAAGUUAAGUUAUUAAAAUGAUAAA